GACUCUUUGCAUCUUAAAACAUAGAACCAUCGGAUCGUAGAAUUGUAGAGUUGCAAGGGACCCAGUGGGUCAUCUAGUCCAACCCCCUGCAAUAGACAUCUUCAAAUAUCUCAAGGGCUGUUUUCUCCUACGCUGGAGGGUAGGUCUUGAACCAAUGGCUUCAAGUUACAAGAAAGGAGAUUCCACUACAUAUGGAAAAACCUUCUGAGAGUAAGAGCUGUUUGGCAGUGGAGCGGUCUCCCUCUGGAGGUUAUGGACUCUCCUUCCUUGGAGGUUUAUAAGCAGAGGUUGGAUGGCCACCUGUCAAGGAUGCUGUAGCUGAGAUUCCUGCACUGUAGAGGGUUGGAUUAGAUGACCCUUGGGGUCCCUUCCAACUCUACAAUUCUAUGAUUCUAUGAUUCUAAUGCCUUCACCAACCUGGUGCCUUCCAGGUGUUUUGGACCACAACUCCUAUCAACUCAACAUCAUUAGCCCCAGCCAUCAUGGCUGUGUUCUCCUCAUUCCCAACAUAACUGGGACUAAUGGGAGUUAUAGUCCAAGACAUCUGGAGGGCACCAGGUUGGGGAAGCCUGGCUUAGAAACUGGCUUUAAUGCAUUGUAGAGUUGGAAACUUCCUUAAUGGCAAGUUUUAAAUGCCGCUGACCUUCAGUGCAACAUCCCUCUUUUGUUAUGUUUUUGCACAACAUCUGGUUUGGCGAUUGUUGUUCGGCACGAGUAACGGUAAUUAUAAGUCUCGUCUCCUUUUCAGAUUAUUUUCUUUCGUUUGUUUUUUUUAAAGUCAUGUUUUGUUCUUAGAUAUUGUGAUUAAAGGAAACAAACAGGAAUCCUGCAUGCCGUGCCCUGGAAAGCUUUGCAGAAGAGAUCAUGUGCAACACACAUGGGAUUCUGAGACCACCGAUGUUGGGAGCCUCAUUCCACUCUCAGUGACGGUCCAAUCCUGAAAGGCUUUAUUAUAGUCAGGUUUAUUUAAUUCUUUAUUUAUUAUAAAACAGGUUUCUGGACUAGAUAGGUCAUUGGCUUCAUCCAGCAGGCUGUUCUUAUGUUCUUAUGUUAUUUGCAACCACAUCUGCAAACUCUUAAGACUUGGAAAUUGAGGUACCGUAGUGAUGAUGACUCUUGUCGUCUCCAGAAAGGAGUCUUCCGACUGGCUAACGAAGACUUCUUUAUCGAGCCACUGCCUGAGAGCAAAUUCAGGGAGAAGGUGGCCCAUCCCCACAGGAUAUAUAGACGCCACGUCCCAGAUUAUGAGGCCGAAGAGUUUAUUUCAGUCGUGAGCACGGAGCAAGACAGGAAGCAGUCUGCCAUUGCCAGGAUGUGUGGGGUCCAAGCCUCGAGACCUCUGAGAAGCAGAGAGAGAAGUGGGAGGAGAAGCGGCAGAGGAAGCGGCGGAUCAAGCAGCGCUCUGUCAGCAAGGAGAAGUGGGUGGAGACCUUGGUGGUGGCCGACACCAAGAUGGUCAAGUAUCACGGCAGCGAAAACGUCGAGAAGUAUGUCCUGACGGUCAUGAACAUGGUGGCUGGAAUGUUCCACGAUGCCAGCAUUGGGAACCCUAUCCAUGUAUCCAUUGUGCGCCUUAUCAUCCUGGAAGAAGAAGAGGACGACCUGAAAAUCACUCACCAUGCAGACAACACCUUGAGGAGUUUCUGCAAGUGGCAGAAGGCCAUCAAUGUGAAGGGGGAUGACCAUCCGCUGCACCACGACGUGGCUGUCCUGCUCACAAGGAAAGACCUCUGUGCCGCCAUGAACCGUCCCUGUGAGACUCUUGGCCUGUCUCACGUCUCCGGCAUGUGCCAGCCUCACAGGAGCUGCAACAUCAACGAGGACACGGGGCUCCCUUUGGCCUUCACUGUGGCUCACGAACUUGGACACAGUUUUGGGAUUCAGCAUGACGGAAGCGGCAAUGACUGUGAGCCAGUUGGGAAAAGACCUUUCAUCAUGUCUCCACAGCUCCUGUACGACACCUCGCCACUCACCUGGUCCCACUGCAGCAGGGAGUACAUCACCCGCUUCCUUGACCGGGGCUGGGGGCUCUGCCUGGAUGACCCACCGGCCAAAGAUGUGAUCGACUUCCCCUCCAUCCCUCCGGGAGUUCUCUAUGAUGUCAGCCAUCAGUGCCGGCUCCAGUAUGGUGCCUACUCCACCUACUGUGAAGAUAUGGAUAGCGUCUGCAGCACGUUAUGGUGCUCUGUGGGGAACACGUGUCACUCCAAGCUGGACGCAGCGGUCGAUGGCACCAAAUGCGACGAGGGCAAGUGGUGCUUCAAUGGGGAAUGUGUCCACAUGGGAUACCGACCUGAGUCCAUCAAUGGAGGCUGGGCGGCCUGGAGUUCCUGGGCGACUUGUUCCCGGACUUGCGGGGCAGGCGUGCAGAACGCUGAGAGGCAAUGCAACAGCCCCACGCCAAAGUAUGGUGGGAAGUAUUGCCUGGGGGAGAGGAAGCGCUUCAGGGUUUGCAACACCAAGUCCUGCCCCUCCGACGGACCCUCUUUCCGCCAACUCCAAUGCAGCCGCUUCAACGGCAGAGCCUACAAGGGGAAACUGUACAAAUGGACCCCCCUCCAGAAUAACAUUAACCCUUGCGAACUUCACUGUCGCCCGGAGAACGAGUACUUUGCAGAAAAGCUCCGCGACGCUGUCAUUGACGGGACCCCGUGUCACGAAGGAAACUCGAGCCGAGACAUGUGCAUUAAUGGGAUCUGUAAGAACGUCGGUUGUGACUAUGAGAUUGACUCCUACGCCGUGGAGGAUCGAUGUGGCGUAUGCCGCGGGGAUGGUUCAACCUGCGAGACCGUCAAGAAGACCUUUGAGGAGAGCGAUGGGCUGGGCUACGUUGAUGUUGGGCUCAUCCCAGCUGGUGCACGAGAGAUCCAAAUCGAGGAGGUGGCGGAAGCAGAGAAUUUCCUGGCCUUGAGAAGCGAAGAUCCAGAGAAGUACUUCCUGAAUGGCGGCUGGACCAUCCAAUGGAACGGCGAUUACAAGGUGGCCGGGACCACCUUCACCUACGAGAGAACUGGGAAUUGGGAGAACCUCACGUCUCCAGGCCCCACAGAGGAACCAGUGUGGAUUCAGCUCUUAUUUCAGGAGAAGAACCCAGGAGUCCGCUAUCAAUACACCAUUCAAAGGGAACCUGAGAACGAGAAUGAGAUCACGCCAGCCGAAUUCUUUUGGCAAUACGGACCCUGGACGAAAUGCACAGCCACCUGUGGCACAGGGGUCCAGAGGCAGGUUGUGCACUGCAUGGAGAAAGUGGCUGGGAUGGUGGAGGAGCACUAUUGCAACGUUCUUAGCCGGCCGGACGACAAGCAGAAGAGUUGCAGCGAGGAGCCAUGCCCUGCCAGGUGGUGGGCUGGCGAGUGGCAAGCGUGUUCUGCCACUUGCGGGGACACUGGGCUGACGAAGAGGACCGUCCUCUGCAUCCAGAGUGUGGCGCUGGAUGAGCAGCGGGCUCUGCCAGCCAGCAAGUGCCAGCAUCUCUCGAAGCCGGAUGCCACGGCCCCCUGCAACCGAGAGGUCCUCUGCCCAGCUCGGUGGCUGGCUGGCAAUUGGUCCAAGUGUUCGGUCACAUGCGGAAGUGGGAUACAGCAUCGCCUGGUGUACUGCCCCAAUAAUACCAGAGCCAGCUGUGAUCCAGGGCAAAGACCAGCCUCCGAAAUUGCCUGUUCGUUGCUGCCCUGCUGGAACAAGAUCGAGAGCAUCUUCUCAGACUGGUCAGGCUCUGGUUCCUCAAGCCGGGAGCUGUACAAUGAGAUCAAUUUCAUCCCCAGCCACCCCAUCCCUCGAUUCAGCCCUUUGUCGCCCAAAUCUGAAGACCUUAAUGCCAUAAGGGAAGAAGAUUAUUCACCCAGCAACAACAAAAAGGGAAAUGUGUUUGUGGAUGAUUUUUACUACGAUUACAAUUUUAUCAACUUCCAUGAAGACCUGUCUUACGACCCAGCUGACGCCAAGGGUGGCGGGAGAGAGGACUUGUUGCCGGAUGUUGGGGUGAAGAAGGUCAGCGAUGUGAAAGAGGACCCUCAAGAAAUGGCUCCUGAUUCUCUCUCUACUGUAAACCCAGAGAUGGACCAUGGAAGCCCGACAUCUCCAGCUGUUGGGUGGAAUAACAAAGGGGUAACCAGUGGGUUUCAAGAGCAUAGCACUGCGGUCAGUUGGCAUGGUUAUUUGGGUACAGCUGUUGCUGUCUCUCCAACCUUCUCCAUGACAGUUAAAGUGAAGGAGAACCCACCAGCCAUUUGGGGAGAUCUUCCUUCUUCCACUUCUGCAGCUGCAACGGAUUUCCCUUCUAGCACCAACAGCCACGUAUCUGUCAAUCAUGCCCAAGAAAACACCACACGUUGGGAAGGGAAGGUAUCAAACACGGUCCCCUCCGUGAUCUUCCCUUACUUGACCUUCCGGACUCCAACCGUACCUUCUGUUGAGGGCAGCCCCAGUCAAGACCAUGAGUUUAGCACUCCCAAGAGCUGGAAGAAAGACGCUGGAGGCUCAAAGGUCCCAUAUCUCAGCACCAUCAAAGACAAUGGGUUGUUGAGCCGUGGAGAAGGUGGUGGUACAGACCGGGCCAUCAUUGAUCUCAAAGAUGACGUUGGUGAUGAACGCAGAAUGGAAGAAGCCCUGGUUAGGACAGUUGCAGCAGGAACUGCAGAAACAGCAUCAAAGGGGACGCAUGGGAACUUCAUUUCUCCACUGCCUGGUCCUACUGAAACCACCCUUCACCUUCCUGCUCAGGUCCCAAGCGAGAUAAACAGGAAGCCCGAUGAUGGUGUGACUCCAUACGACGUGGCAAACGGCAAGAGCCUUGCAGCAGAUGCACAGGACCUCCAACACUCUCCUGCCGAUGUGGUCAAGGCCAAGGGCAAGCCUCCCUCCCUGGAGCCCACACCCACCUUUGCAUAUGAGCCACCUGGGCUUGACAGCAGUACGGUCGAGAGGCAGCCCCCUUCCAGCCAUGUUCUGCUCAUGCCACACAGUCCCAACUCACUGGGGCAGCGGCUGCCAACUGAGCCGACGUCCUUGGAGUGGGGGCCCUCUCCCCCUGGCUCUUUCACUUCCAUGCCACCUGUGCCAAGGCGGAAGGAGGAGUCUGUUGGAAUGAAAAGCAAGUGGGACGCUGAGCGUAUCCCUCCCAGUGUGGGGGACCAGGGACUCUCUGGGGGCAGAAAUAAAAGUGUUCCCCAUGGGGCUCACUGGAUGUUUGCAAGCAGCCAUGGAGGUCUCGGGCCCAGGCCCACGACUGCAAGACACCAGGAGGAAAAGGAGGACAGGACGCUCUCGGCUCCUCCGGCGACUGUCGCAGCUGCUCUGAAUGCCAGCUGGGAAGCUGGAAACUGGAGUGAGUGCUCCACCACAUGUGGCCUGGGCGCCAUUUGGAGAACAGUGCGCUGCAGCACAGCGCAGGAGCAAGACUGCAGCCCUGCCCGGAAGCCCAUCCCUGCCCGGAGGUGCUACUUGAGGCCGUGUUCCAGCUGGCGCGUCGGGAACUGGAGCAAAUGCUCCAGGACCUGUGGAGGCGGUGUGAAAGUCCGGGACAUCCACUGCGUCGACACCAGGGACCAGCGGCCCCUCCGUCCCUUCCACUGCCAGGCUGUGCUGUACAAGCCCCUCACCCAGAUGCCCUGCAAUAACAAGCUGUGCCUCGGCUGGUACACCUCUACCUGGAGAGAGUGCUCUGAGCUGUGUGGAGGAGGGGAGCAAGAACGCCUGGUGACCUGCCCGGAAUUUGGACGGUGCGAUGAAGCCCUCCGCCCGAACAACACCAGGCCUUGCAACGUCCACCCCUGCACCAAGUGGACAGUGGGAUCCUGGGGGCAGUGCACAGCCAUGUGUGGGGGAGGCAUCCAGAAGAGGCAGGUCAAGUGCAUGAACACCAAGACCGGGGAGGUGGAAGAAGACAGCAGCCGUUGCGACCACGAACCGUGGCCGGAGAACACGCAGAAGUGCAACCCCCAGGACUGCAGCCCCAGCCCACCAAGUUUUGCCUGUGAGCGCGACAGGCUCUCCUUCAGCUUCUGCCAGACGCUGCUGUUCCUGGGCAGGUGCCACCUCCCUACCGUCAGCCUCCAGUGCUGCCAGACAUGCCGCCAGCAGGGCCAUGGCCCCCGGGACCGCGGGAACGAGCGGGCUUCCCGGAAGUGAGCACUCCCAUCACCUCAGGACCCUUUCGGGCACAAAGAGCUGGUGGUGGCCCGGGGAGAAAUGGCUGCCUAAGACGCCUCGUGGGCUGCUUUGAAGGCAGCUCAGCCACCGUCUCUGUCCAAUUGCUCUCCUCUCCUUCCUCCCAUGGGACCUUGGCUGGUGCCGUUCAUUGAGGUUGGGCAGGCAUGGUGCUUAACUCCAGUUCCUCUCACCAAACUGCCCUCAGGGCUACUACCCAGGUUUGCUGCCCUCCAAUGCGCAACAGAGGAGAAUCUGCUCUGCAAGGCCACACACUGCAUCCCACAAAAGCAAUAACUCUUGGCAGAAUCUCAGAAACAUAUCUGGUGCUAUCGUCGGGUAUAUUCAGGUUUCACUUGGUGUUGGCGGGCCAGCACAAAACUCUUGACUUGAGUGGUUUCUUUAAAAAAAACAAAACAGGAAACACACACAAUUAUUUUUUUAUUUUGUAAGAACGGGCAUCCAGCAUACCUCACCAAGUCGCUUGACUGUUUGGUUGCAUUUGUUGUGAAAGGGAUGCCUUUCUCCCUGGUGGUUGGUGGGAGGAGCUGAAAGCGGCAGUGAAAUGUCCCCCAUUUCAAACUCGCUGAGCCAGCUGGUCAUCACACUUGCUCUAGUUGGGAGGACCAAAGCAUUGGGGUUAAGAGUUGUUUGGUUUUCACUCAAGUUGAACUAAAGCUAACCUCUCUGGCUUGAGUCUUUGAAUAAUAGAAUUGUAGAGUUGGAGGGGACCAAAAGGCUCAUUUAGUCCAACCCUCUGCAAUGCAGGAAUCUCUUGCCCAACGUGGGGCUCAAACCCAUGACCCCGAGAUUAAGAGUUUCAUGCUCUACCAACUGAACAAUCCUCCAUAUCUAAUGCCCUGUUCUCCGGCUCAGCAGUUCGAUAUCUGUCAGGGUGAGCUGUCCUUUCUCUCUAAGCUUCUGGCAUGGUUACCCUGAAAAAGCCCAAGACUAUCAAGAUCAGUUUCUGGUUCCCCCCCUUCUGUACCCCUGGAAGUGCUUAACAUUGGGGCUGCAUUUGUAAUAUCAUAUCAAUAUCCUUAUUGUCAAGAAGACACCUGAUUUAAGAACACUUCCUUGCUUUCUAUCAUGCACUUAAGCAAGGGAAAGGGAGCCUGUGGUCUUUGAAGCAUCAUUGGACAUGUCCAACAGGUAGAUCGUGAUCUACCAGUAGAUCACUGGACAUUAGCGGUAGAUCACUGGUAGAUCAUUGGCUCCCCCCAAAGAAGCUGAACAACUGUGGCUCCCCUAAAAAAAGUCAACAUUUUACCUCCUCCCUGAAAAAACCCAACAACUUUGACCCUAAUCCCCCCAAAAUGGGCCUUCAUCCUCCCUUAAAAAAAGCUCAUCAACAACUUUGACCUGAACCCCCCAAAAGGGGGUAGAUCACUGCCAGUUUUUAACUCUAUGAGUAGUUCACAGUCUCUUGGGAGUUGGCCACCCCUGUUGACCAAUGGCUUUGCUGGCUGCUGUGAACUGGAGCUCAACAUCCGGGGAGAGCCCAGAGGUAGGGAUGUUGGGAAAUUCCAAUGGAUGAAGAGACAUUUUUUCCUUCCAUGUCUGAAAUGGAAAUCAAUCCAGCAAAUAUGACCAGGAUUCCACUGUUGUUGUUUCAGCUCACAGCAACAGUCAUGUUAUAUAUGGACAUCGUAACCAAAACCCCAUUCUUUCAGGGUGCAAAGGUGGCAUAACACCAAAAUGCUUCAGUAGUUAAGUUAUAAUUUGCCAAUGUGUUUUUUUUAGAAGUCUGAUAAGGCCUCAUCAUUCUACUUGUGUCAGGGAUACACCCUCUCUCUAAAGGAUCAUUGUAGACUUUCUAUGAAUGUGGAAUUAACAUGUCAUUAUUGUUUUUUAAAUAAAAAAUACAUGGGAAACCACCUGGCCCUGAAGGUUUAUUGUUCCUUAACUUGGAAUUUUCAUAUGGACUGAAUUUUUCUCAUCUAAAAUUGCCCUAUGCUACAGGUUUGUUUUCAUUCUAGCCAAGUAAUUUGCAAAUCCAUUGAAGACUGAUUUAUUUAAUUUGGCAUAAUAUUAUGUGAACUUUUGAUGAAUGCACUUGAAGUAUCUUUGUCUAUAUGACUAGAGAACAUUUCCGUUCUUCUUUGAAAGCUGAUAAUGUCAAGGUUUGAUUGCCAGAUCCACAGCAUUUCUGAUGUAGAUCAAUAAAAGAUUUGGUUAUUUAGUGCAAAUACUUUUAAAUUGCUCUCGAUGCAUGGUGGGUAACAAAUACAGCAUGAAAGCCAAUAAGUACCAGCAGAACAAGCCGUGGAUCAGUUGCACAAGAAGACCAACGUUGUCUAGGGGGAGUGACAGAACCAAUUAUUUAAGACAACAUCCAAAUUUCUUCUCUCCCAUACCAGCCAUGGAAUUUCCCCAGUGAUUCAGCACAGAUACAUGGGAAUUAAAAAAAAAACCAACUCUUUUUUAAAUGUCUGUAGCUCUCAAAUGUGUUAAAUUAAAUUGUUAUAACAAAGUAUGAGCUGUGCCUU